AUGUCUCUCGCCAAAGCCUGGCGCCGGGCGACGCCCUUCCUCAUCUUCAACUGCAUCGUGUUCCUCCAGGGCGCGAUCCUCUUCGGCAUUGACACCGGCUCGUUCGGCUCUCUGCAAGCCCUGCCAUCCUUCCUCCGGGUCUUCGGCGUCCAGGAUGGCAAGACCUACUCGCUGCCGCCCACGCGGAAGGCUCUAAUGAACUCCCUGCCGUGGAUUGGAAAGAUCUCCGGUUGCUUCGCUGCCGAACCGACCAUCGAGCGCAUCGGAUACAAGAAGACGAUGUACCUGGUUUCAAUCGUCCAGAUCAUUGCUGUUGUCAUCGAGAUGUCUGGUACCCACUGGGUGCAGUUCACCGUCGGACGUAUCGUUGCCUACUAUGCCGUUGGUGUCGUCGAGAACGCCGUGCCCGCCUUCAAUGCCGAGAUCUCCCCUGCGGCGAUGCGAGGCAUCCUGUCCGGCUCCCUGAUGGUGCUGACCACCGUCGGCAACAUCUGGGGUGCCGCCAUGUCCCGCGCGUUCUCCACGACGGUGACCCGAGAGGGCUGGCUCGUCCCCGUCUCCAUGCAGUUCGUCCCUGCACUCGGCCUGCUCGCCCUUGUCCCCUUCACCGUCGAGUCGCCCAGAUGGCUGGUGCUGCACCAUAGAAAGUCAGAAGCCAAGGCUGCCCUGGACAGGAUCCGUCCCAAGCACGAGGUCGAGAAGGGCAACACUCAGGCCGAGCUUGAUGCCAUCGAGAUGCUGAUCGAGGAGUCGCUGGCCAACGAGCAAGGUUCCUGGUUCGACCUCUUCCGAGGCAACUACCUGAUGCGCACCUGGAUCUGUGUCACGCUGUUUGCAUUCGAGCAGACCAACGGCAACCAGUUUGUCCAGUCCUACGCCCCGACCUUCUACGUGCAGCAGGGUUUCGGCGCUGCCUCCUUCACGUACACCAUCGUCGGACAGUGCGUCGGGCUUGUCGGGUGCGCCAUCGGCAUCGUGCUGUUUGACAUCACCGGCCGCCGGCCGCUGUUCAUCGGCGGCAUCGCCAUGUGCGCCUUCCUUCUCUACCUCGCGUCUGGCUUGGGCCUGGAUAAGAACCCCAACGACAAUGUAUCCAACACCAUCCUCGCCUGCUUCAUCCUCCUGCCGGCCUUCACCCGUAUCUCGGGCUCGAACUGUGCUUUCCUGACUGGCGCUGAGAUUGGUGGCGUGCGGAUGCGCAAGAAGAUCAUGGGCUUCGGCACCGGAUGCAACGUCCUUUGCGCCUUCUUGGUAACCUUUGUCACACCCUAUCUCCUGCCGAGCAUGGGCGUCAAGAUCGGCUGGAUCUUUGGCUCCGUGGCGGCGUUUGCGAUCAUCUGGGCCGUCUUUUUCUUCCCCGAGCUCAAGGGACGCUCUCUGGAGGAGGUGGACGAGCUGUUUGCUGCCAAGCUGUGGGCGUGGCAGUUCAGCAAGUACGAGACGCACGGCGCCGGGCACCUUGUUGCCGCGCUCGAGAACGAGGGCGUGUUUGAUAAGGGGCCUGCUGUGGAACAGAGUGAGGCUGAGACCAAGGCCCAGUAG